GGGAAAAAGUCGCAUUGUUGGAGAAAUGAAACACCCAAUUUUGCAGAAAGGCUCGAGGCCCCUCCCAGACUUCCUGCGGGGGAACUUUCUGCCCAGGCAAGUCUAUGUCACCCGAGGGCGAGCCUGCAAGAUGCCCGUGGCCCUCACCGGCGGGAUGGCCGCAGCGGUCUUGGCCGUAGCCCUGGCGUUCUGCCUGCCGGCCGCGGAGCAGAAGCCGUCGCAGUGCCGGGGCUGCACGGGCAACGGCACGCUGGAGGCGGCCGAGUGGGGCCGGGCCAUGGGGCAGGUGGCCGCGCUGCAGUUGGAGCUGGGCAGCGCCCAGCGGUCGCUGGAGGAGGCCCGCAGGCUCUGGGACAGCGGCAGGAUGCAGCUGGACGCCGUUCAGAGGAACGUCACGGCCCUGGAGCAGCUGCUGGGGCUCCUGCAGCGCUGGGGGUCGGAGCGGGGGGCCAGGACGGCCGCGCUGCAAGAGGAGACCAGGGUGCUCAGGGAGGAUGCGGCGCAGCUGAGGCAGCAGCUGGAGGAGGUGCAGAGGAGCAGGAACAGCCUCCAGCUGCAGGUGAGGAACCUGCAGCAGCAGCUCCAGGCCGGGAGGAAGGAGACCUCGGGCGGGAACCAGCCCCCAGCCUCGAGCCUGGGCCUCCUGGCGCUGGCGCUCGCCGGGUUGCUCUGCCCCUGAGCCCGCAGCAGCCUCGACAAGGGCCCGGCUGGUCCCCCCCCACCACCACCACGGCCCCCGACGUGGGGCGAGGAGGGACCGUCUCCGUCCGGAGCGGCAGCAGCUCAAGGCGCCCGCGCUCCCGGAGCCCCUUCCCCGCUCGGCCCUCCCGCACCGGGACAGCGCUCGCCUCCGAAUCGACCCCGGCCCUGCACGGCUAGAGCAUCCCAGGGACCCAGUUUGCUUCCAGCUGCAAACCGCUGGCCAGCUGUGCUGUGCUGGGGCCAGGCAGGGGCUUGGACGCGCCACGGUUUGGUAGUAUUUAACCUAAUAAAACCUUGUGAAAAGCCAAA